AUGAUGUUGAUUAAUGAGAUUGACCAUUCUGAUGCCAUGUCUUCUUCCUAUACUCUAUACUUGAUAGUAUUGGGGGAGAAGUUGGGUAGUCUCGAAGGGACAGGGGCCGACAAGCUUUGGCCCUGGGAAUUACGAGAGUGCGUCGUCAUACUGGCUGGAAUGCUUGGCACCUACAUUAAUGUCUUGGCUCUUUGGCUUUUAUUUCUUUUGUUCUCCAGUUGGUUAGGAUAUGUGAUAUUCGAAGAUACCCAACAGGGGAAGACGAUAUUUACUUCAUAUGGUUCCACAAUAUAUCAGAUGUUUGUUUUGUUCACCACAUCCAACAACCCAGAUGUCUGGAUUCCUGCAUACAAGUUUAUCUAUAUGGCUGCUGAGCCUUGUUCCUUUUGUUGGGCCUUGGUUCGUGCUGCCGUUUUUGUGGUUGGGCUUUAUUAG